GUGCGACGCACGAGGAGUUUGCGUCCCGGUCAGGCUCGCGCACUGGGACCCAAACCGUGACCAACACACAAAAGCGCGGAUAACGGAGAUGAUUUCCCAAACAAACUAACACUAAACGGAGUAAAGUGUACGCUGUCGUCUCAUCUUUCAUCGCAGAGAUGAAGUGUUCUGUCAGUUUCCACACAGCUUUGGAUGUGACGCGGUCAAAGUAGCGGGAGUUUACCGUGAGAGACAGCAGGUGGUAUUCCGCUGAGAGGAGAGUUGUUGUUGGACAUGGGACCGGGUCUCGGCUAUUUUGGAUACGGUACCGGAGGAACCGCGUUUUCUUGAACGGAGAGCUGACGAUAGAAGGAGACCGACGAGAUGCGCUCCGACCACGGCUUCAUCCUGCUGCUCCUCAACGGGACAGCGUGCUUGCUGGCUCUUGGACAGGAAGAUACCCACUCCUCCUCUUCUCCCUUUCUCUCAUCUUCGUCAAAGUCCUCCCCUGCUGACUCCUCUAAAACUCUAGGGGUUCUGGGUGCUCAGGGUUCGGUCUCACCCCUGAGCCGCUGGGUGAUGCAUAGCCGAGGCCGUACUGCCAAUACUUCCAUGAUGGAGCUACCCUACCGCUCGCCUGUUCCCUUCUCCAAACAGGAAUUUUGGGAAAUGCUGGGUAGUGACCUCCUUAAAUCGGACACAGAUUCAUUGGGGAACUCCCGUGUCAAGCGCCGUCCCCCGAUCGUCAAAACAGGCAAAUUUAAGAAGAUGUUCGGCUGGGGUGACUUCUACUCCAACAUCAAGACGGUGCGCCUCAACCUGCUCAUCACGGGUAAGAUUGUGGAUCAUGGGAAUGGAACCUUCAGCGUCUACUUCCGUCACAAUUCCACCGGCCAGGGGAACAUCUCUGUCAGCCUGGUACCUCCAGUGAAAGCGGUUGAGUUUGACUUAGAGCGCCAGAGUGUGGUCUACCCUAAAGACUCCAAGAUCUUCAACUGCCGUAUAGACUACGAGAAGGUUGACCGCAGCAAACGCACCUCGCUCUGCAACUAUGACCCCUCCAAGACCUGCUUCCAGGAGCAGACACAAAGCCAUGUGUCCUGGAUCUGCUCCAAACCCUUUAAGGUCAUUUGUAUAUACAUUUCAUUCUACAGCACGGACUACAGACUGGUUCAGAAGGUCUGCCCAGAUUAUAACUACCACAACGAGAUGCCCUACCUACCUUCAGGGUAGAUCUAUGAGGACAAGCGAACUAAAGGGGUGAGGAGGACUGGUUGGGGGAAGGGGUUUACAUGAGGGAUAUCUGGAGGAGUUGUAACGUUAAUUUGUGUGGGGGGUAUUUUGAAGGAUACUGAGGUUCUUCUCGAAAGACUAUUCAGAUUAUUAACAUUGAGCACUGGAAAUGCCUCCUUAUGACCUGAACUGUCUCCUGUAUGGCCUGUAGUCAUCACAGAUGCUUAUCUAAAGGUGAAUGUACAGUAUUUGAUGUGCUGCAGUUGAAGUCUUAAAGAAGUUCUGAAACAGCCUGGCAAAUUUGAUAUGCAAAAACACAUACUGUAUAUGCAAAACCAAAUUGUUAGGCCUAGGUGAACAGUUUUUGCUGCUCAGGGUGGGGGGUCCUCUACGUCAGUACAGGUCCCUGAUUGGCUGCCCUCAUCGGUGCCCAGUGUUACCAUCUUCGAAUCAAGUACUCCAAUUUUGGGACAAAAGAACAAACAAAAACAUGCUGGACGUCUCAGACUACUAUGCAGAGGUGGAAGAGGUUGUACUUUUGGUGUAGCUUUUUUUUUAGUUUGUUCCAAUUAAUAAACACUUUAGCAGGAAUCAGCUUGCACAACCCAACACAAUACAUUAACAAACACACAAUAUGCCUCAUUGACACCUGUCUCCACCUCUGUAUAUUAAAAACUGGAAAGAAUGUCAAAGGCUGACUGAAAAGACACCUGAAGCAAUGUGGAGGUGCUGUCGAAGCAGAAUGCAAAAGUGCAACAGCAAAAUGAUCAAAUUUAACAGUGAGAUAAGAGUCUCCCCUCCCUUAUGUCAUUGAGAAAGAAACAGAGAUAGAGAGAACAAAAGCAGGACAGAAAGCACUUUAAUUAAAAUGCAGUCUGCAUUUGACAAUGCAAUGUCGAGUCUGCAUUGAGUCAAUCUCUUUUGUUCCGACUGUUAUGGAAAAAGUGGAAAAGUAAUUCUGUUUAGUUAGGAUUCCUGACUUUGUGCUGUGAUAACUAUUCUGCUGAAUGCAGGAUUGCUUCGUCCUUGUCUAAACAUUUGCUUCCAGUCAGCCAGUUUAUCUUUGACAAAGAGAGAAAAGAUAUUAUGUUAAUUUUGCAUAAUGUAAUCAUGUUACUAAAUGGGUAAGCUUGCAGAGAAGUCUUCUCUGGAUGUUUCAAUGAAUACAGUGUUUAAUGAUAAAUAUAUUGAAGGAAAACAAUCUUUAAUAUCACAAAAAGUCUGAGACUAAAUUCAAUGGAUAUAGAUAAAACAAAUCUAAGGGAAAACAGGCAGGCAAACUAAAGUCGGAAAGACAAAGUCUUUAGGCGUACAGGACAAAGAUGAAGAGGAGAAUGAAAACAGGUAAAGUGAUGAAGGAAAAGAGGAUAUGAAAGAGAAAAUGGUAACACAAAACAUGAGCAAAAAAGAUGGAACAGCACAAACACAUGAAAACGGGACAGAAAGAAUGAAAGGGAGGGUAAGGGCAGAGAAACAAGAAAAAAAGACUAAAAAACACCCAGGAUGCUAAAUAGAGUAACAUAAAAGCACACUAUGGAACAUCAAAGUGUCUCACCAAGAGAGUUGGGGGGAAGCAGCUUUUUAUGAGCCCAUGAAAAAAAAAGAAAACUCUUUGCCAGAAGUUAAAUUCAGUACAGUGGAUAUAUCCCUGUGGGGUUCCAUGCAAUUUAGUGAAUUAUGAAGACGGAAAUAUCCUGCUGGAUAGAUCAGUUUUUCCAUGUUCUUAAAAGGCAUACUAUUUAUCUCCCCCUAAUCUGAAAUUCAUUGUUUUACAUACAGGAUCAUUACACAGUUCCAAGUCUUUUUCAUCCUCAAUUUAUGUCAAUACCUCUGCUUCACAUGAGCACUAUCUAAUGUCUUGACAAAGCCUGUGUACUAGUGCCCUACAAAAGCAAAACACAGUAACUACACCAACAGUAAAAACGAAGAAAAACCUCCUUUUUUUUUUUUUAUCAAGUCAAAUAUGGAUAAAAUGUUCACUCUGUUUUCUCUGAAUCUGUGCAUAGUUGAGCCAAACCUGUCUUUCACAGGGCAGAUCUUAGUCUAAGGAAUCCAAUUUCAGUCAAAACUCAAUUUGACAAAAUGUGUAGUUACCAUGUUACUUCUUUGCAAGGUGUAGCAGCCAAUAAUGUAAUAACUACCGUUAAUGUAAUAACUGCUAAUAAUGUAAUACAUUUUAUUACAAUUUUUUUUUUUUUUUUUAUUAACCCAGCCAAUAAUGUAAUAGCCAGCCUAUAAUGUAAGAACUUAUUACAUUAUGGGCAAAAAGUUAUUACGUUAUUGGUUCAGAAAUUUUAUCACAUUAUUGGUAAGUUAUAACAUUAUUGGCUGCUACACACGGCAAUGCUAUCACUGUGUGGAAGGUGUUUGCUAAAAUAAUAAGAGCUAAAGCAGGUAGAGGAAGAGUCACCUGUUAUCCUCUAGGGUUUAUUUCUAAUGAUCUGGGCCUCAUUUCCCAAUAACAUUUGAUCUUAGCGGGUAAGAGCUUUUCUACGAGCGAUUCUACGAACCUUCGUUAUUUUUUUACGUGCGUUUCCCAAAACUGCACGAGCGAGGAUGUACUUUAAGUGCUACUUAAUAGAGUCACUGUCCGUGUGACAGUUCUGAAAUGUGGAUAUAUUAUGCUGCUCGUCAUUGUAACUUUAUUAUAUUUGUGCGUAAAUUUACAAUCAUUACAUAUUGUUUUACAAUAUUUUUAUUUUUUUUU